GACCGUGAGGGAUUCGAAUCAAAAUAUGCUAAUCAUUUGAUCCAUAGUUCCUUGGGAUUCAAGAUGGCGGCCACGAUGAUAAAAAUGUCUAGAGUUCCUCGGAAUUUUUUAUUUACGCAUUCUAGGAGAUUUUCUAACAACUCUUCCCAUCCUCAUUUACACGAAGUUGUCAUUGUAAGUGCGGCCAGGACUGCGGUUGGGUCUUUUAGAAGCAAACUAGCAAGUGUACCAGCUACUAAACUUGGUACUGUAGCCAUCAAAGGUGCUAUUGAGAGAGCAGGGAUUUCUCCAGAACAGGUACAAGAGGUGUAUAUGGGUAAUGUAUGUACUGCAGGUGAAGGGCAAGCUCCGACAAGACAAGCAGCACUUGGUGCAGGAAUCCCUACCUCUACUCCUUGUACAACCAUAAACAAAGUAUGCGCAUCUGGGAUGAAAUCCAUCAUGAUGGCGGCUCAAAGCUUGCAGUGUGGCAGCCAGGAAGUAAUGGUAGCUGGGGGUAUGGAGAGCAUGUCGAAUGUUCCAUUUCUAGUAUCCAGGGAUGCACCUACUUAUGGUGGCCAUUUGAUGGAGGAUGCUAUUGUCAAAGACGGUCUGUGGGACGUGUACAAUCAAAUCCAUAUGGGAAGUUGUGCAGAAAACACAGCAUCGAAGUACAACAUAACGAGAGAAGAGCAAGAUGAGUAUGCUCUUUCUUCCUACAGAAGGUCUACGGCAGCUUGGGAGGCUGGAAAGUUCAAAAAUGAAAUCGUACCUGUUAGUAUUCCUCAAAAGAGAGGCAAACCUGAUGUUGUAUUUCAAGAAGAUGAAGAAUACAAAAAUGUCAACUUUGACAAAUUACCAACCCUGAGAGCUGUCUUCAAAAAGGAAAAUGGCACCAUCACAGCUGGUAAUGCCAGCACACUUAACGAUGGUGGAGCUGCUGUUGUCCUGAUGACCAGAGAAGCUGCCGAGAGACUCAAUGUCAAGCCUCUUGCAAGUAUCAUAGGUUUUGCUGAUGCAGCAGUUGCUCCAAUAGAUUUCCCCAUUGCACCAGCAGCUGCCAUGCCUAAGGUAUUAAAGCAAACACACCUUAAGAAGGAGGAUAUAUCUAUGUGGGAGAUCAAUGAAGCAUUCAGUGCUGUCACCUUGGCUAACAUCAAGAUUAUGGACUUGGAUCCCAGUAAAGUGAAUAUCCAUGGAGGGGCUGUCUCUCUGGGACAUCCUAUUGGUAUGUCUGGCGCGCGUCUCAUCUGCCAUCUGGUUCAUAAUUUAGCACCUGGUGCACUCGGAUUGGCUGGCAUCUGUAAUGGAGGAGGCGGAGCCUCCGCUAUGAUUAUCAGGAAAUUAUAAUUUCAAUCRAAAUCAAAAUCUUGUACGAGUUCAUGUAUAUUUUUAAUUAAUGGGAAGAAAAUCCUGAAAAAACUGCAAUGCACUCAGAGUGCUUUCAUUUUAUAGGGCAUUAAAAUUGCCCAAAAUAGGGUACGUUAUGUAAUAGAGUGAAAGAAUAAAGAGUUUUUUCCUUGUGAAUAAUA